AUCCAGCUCAAUUCCAUUUCCAUCAACCCAAACUCAUUUCCAAAAAAAAAAAAAAACUAUGGCGGCCUUCUUCCUUUCGCUGUCUUUGGUCCCUAUGCUUCUUGCACUUAGCAUCUUCGUUUUCAGACGCAGGUCCCAUGGUCCCAAAAACCUGCCCCCAGGGAGCUUCGGAUGGCCUAUCAUGGGGGAAACUCUUGAGUUCCUGUUUGGGAAGCCAGAAAAGUUUGUCUUUGAUAGGAUGAAGAAGUAUUCCCCGGAUAUAUUCAAGACCAAGAUUCUUGGAGAGGAAACCGCAGUCAUCUGCGGUCCCAGUGGACACAAAUUCUUGUUUUCCAACGAGCAAAAGUACUUCACCGCAUUCCGUCCUCACUCGAUGCAGAAGAUGUUCCGGUCGUACCAGACGGCUGCUCCGGUCCAAAUUGCGCGCGAUGCCGAGGCACAAAUCAUAAGGUCACCUGGGUUUUUGAAGCCCGAGGCGUUGGUGCGGUACCUGGGAAAAAUGGACUCCAUCACUCAGGAGCAGAUGCAAAUUCACUGGGAGGGAAAAGACAUGGUCAAGGCCUAUCCUCUCGCCAAGACCCUCACUCUAAGUCUUGCCUGCAGAUUCUUCUUGGGUACCGAUGACCCCGGUCGUAUUGCUAGGCUUGUUAGCCACUUUGAUGACAUUACGCUCGGGAUGCAUUCAAUCACUCUGAAUAUCCCAGGAACUAUAUUUUACAGAGCAAACAAAGCAGCAGCUGCAAUCCGCAAGGAGCUGAGGACAAUAAUUCAGGAAAAGAAGGCUGCCAUGGCCACCGGAGCACCGAUGCAGGACAUACUUUCGCAUAUGAUUGUGGUUACCGACCCAUCGGGGAAGCACAUGCCGGAGGCCGAAAUUGCCGACAAGAUUAUGGGCUUGCUGGUUGCAGGGUAUAGCACAGUGGCUACUGCCAUGACUUUCUUCAUGAAAUACGUCGGAGAGAGACCCGACAUCUACGAGAAGAUCAGAGCUGAGCAAUCGGAGGUCUCCUCGUCGAAGAAAUCAGGAGAGCUAUUGGAGUGGGAUGACAUUCAGAAAAUGAAGUAUUCGUGGCACGUUUUGUAUGAAGUCAUGAGGCUCACCCCUCCACUUCAGGGAACUUUCCGAGUGGCCCUCGCUGAUUUUACCUACGCCGGUUACACCAUUCCAAAGGGAUGGAAGGUAUAUUGGACAGUGAGCACAACAAACAAGAACCCAGAAUUCUUCCCAGAGCCAGAGAAGUUUGACCCCUCAAGAUACGAUGAUGCAAAUGUCUUUCCUCCCUUUACAUUUGUUCCGUUUGGAGGAGGGCCUCGGAUGUGCCCUGGGAAAGAGUACGCACGCCUAGCAAUACUCACAUUUGUUCACAAUGUGGUCAAAAGGUUCAAAUGGGAAGUGGUGCUUCCCAAUGAAAAGAUUAUCGGUGACAUGAUGCCAAGUCCACAAAAGGGGCUUCCCAUUCGUCUCCAACCACACUAAGGAAAUCAUGUUCCUUUCAUCGGCCAGUUUUCCUAAUACCACAGUGAUGCUAUUGGAAUUUCUCCAAGAAGUCUACUUUAUUUCCAAUUUAAUUGUCUUGAUAAUUAGAAGAUCUCAUGUUCCCAAUAAAUUAUAUAGUGGCAUAUAUCCAUGUUAAUUACAAAGAGAAUUACUAGGUACGUAUGUUGUUAUAUGAAUGACGAGUCCUGUAUUAUACGCGUCAAAUUAAUAUACAAUAAAAAUUAUUUUAUAAUAUGAUAUACUAUAUGCAUAUUUAAAA